AUGGACGGAGUGAGCAGUAGCGGCGGAGAAGUGUCGACGCCGGCGCCGGCACCGAUUCCCAACGCUAACGCGCCCCCGCCUUUCCUGAGCAAGACGUACGACAUGGUGGACGACCCUUCGACGGACUCGAUUGUGUCGUGGGGCCCAACGAAUAACAGCUUCAUUGUUUGGAACCCUCCCGAGUUCGCCAGAGACCUUUUGCCCAAACACUUCAAGCACAAUAACUUCUCCAGCUUCGUUCGCCAGUUAAACACCUACAGAGACCGCAAAGUGCAGGGUUUUAGGAAGGUAGAUCCAGAUCGCUGGGAAUUUGCAAACGAGGGAUUUUUAAGGGGUCAAAAGCACUUGCUUAAGACUAUAUCUCGGAGGAAACCUGCCCAUGGUCAUAAUCAUCAACAAGCACAACAAGUACAUGGACAUGGACAGAGUUCAUCGAUUGGGGCUUGUGUAGAAGUUGGGAAAUUUGGACUUGAGGAAGAGGUUGAGAUUCUCAAGAGAGAUAAGAAUGUGCUCAUGCAAGAGCUUGUGAGAUUGAGGCAGCAGCAACAAUCUACUGAUAACCAGCUGCAGACCAUGGUUCAACGCCUUCAGGGAAUGGAGCAACGACAGCAACAGAUGAUGUCAUUCCUUGCAAAGGCUGUUCAGAGCCCUGGUUUCUUAGCUCAAUUUGUACAACAGCAGCAGAAUGAGAAUAAUAGACGCAUAACAGAAGCGAACAAAAAACGUCGACUAAAGCAGGAAGGUAUUAGUGAAACAGAACAAACCGCCACUUCUGAUGGGCAAAUUGUUAAAUAUCAACCUCUGAUAAAUGAAGCAGCAAAAGCAAUGUUAAGGCAAAUAAUGAAAUUGGAUGCUUCUCGACUAGAAUCUUUUAGUAAUAACCCCGAUAAUUACUUGAUUGGUGAUGAUUCAUCACCGUCCAGUGCAAUGGACAGGGGAAACCCUUUGAGUCGGUCUUCUGGGUUAACACUUCAAGAGGCCCCCCCAACGACAGUACAGUCUUCUCACGUUUCAUCUGCAACAAGGACUAAAGGGCAUGGUCCUUCAACUGGAAAAUCUGAGAUUCUAUCUUCUCGGCAAGUUGCAGCCUGUGAAGAAGUUACAUAUCCUAAUAUAAAUGUUUCAGUUGGAGAACCUAGUGCACCUGCUAUCCCUGUUACUCAAACAGAUGAAAUCAUGACGGACCUUUCUACAAUACCAGAUAUAGUGGCAGGAAAUAUCCUUGAUAUUCCUCAAGAAAAUUAUAUGGCAGCAGAGACGGGUAGUGAGGGAUAUAUGGACCCUACUUCAUUUGGCGUGAAUUUGUCACUGCCCCUUGAUUUUGAUAGUAUUUCACCUGAAGCAGACAUCGAUGAUUUGUUGAACAAUCCUCACUUUUGGGAUGAUAUUGAAACGAAUGGUGCUCAAGAAUUCAAUGAGAAUGGGGUGCAGCCAAUGGAAAAUGGAUGGGGAAAAUCUCAACAUAUGGACCAACUGACUGAGCAGAUGGGCCUACUUUCUUCUGAUGCAAAAAAAAAUUGA